AAUGUCACUUCCUUAUCCCCAUCUCUCUCUCUCUCUCUCUCUCUCUCUCUCUCUCUCUUUGCAAAGCUCUCCAGAGACUUGAGCAAACGAUUCCACAGUUUUCUCUCUCGUUAGUACUACUUUGUGUGGCUUUCUGUUGAGCUUUCUCUGGGUGUGUUUUUAUCAGCAGCAAAGCUGCGAGUGCAUGAGGGAGGUGGUGGUUGUUCAAACACAUACUGAAGACUGGUGGCUGAGAGGUUUGGUGCACAAGUCUACUCACAAUAAAAGUUCACUUCUUCUCCCCUUCAAAUUUUUUCAAAAACUUGGUGUAGUGAAGAGAGCAAAAGGAAUAAUUCUGAAAGAGAAUUGAAGAAGAAAAAGGGUUGGUAGUACUUAUUGGAGCCAUGUGUGCAUUUAAUGAAGCUUGUAAGAAGCUCAUGGGAAAAAAAUCCCCUUUCCUUUCUGGGUUAUCUUUCUUUUCAACUUUUUUGGCCUUUCCAAAUUAGGGUUUCUGUUGGGGGGGGCUCAGAUAUCUGCACACGCACCCAUGAAUCCUUGUGUAUUGUUCAUCAGUCAUCUUUUGAGGCAGUUCUUUGUUGUGUAAUGGAAAUUAGAAGCAGCAAUGGAAAUGAAAGGCCUGUUGGCGGUGAAUGACAACAGUAUGUCUAAUUUGACCUCCACUGCAUCCGGUGAGAUCUGUGCUUCUUCAGGUUCCGGAAGUGAAAUUUAUGGCAAUACCAACAAUUUGUAUUCUCAUCACUCCUUUGCUUCCACAAAUCAUCAACCACCUCCUCCUCCAAAGAAGAAGAGAAGCCUCCCAGGCAAUCCAGACCCAGAUGCGGAAGUGAUAGCCUUGUCGCCGAGAACGCUCAUGGCGACCAACCGAUUCAUAUGCGAGAUCUGCAACAAAGGGUUUCAGAGGGACCAGAACCUCCAGCUCCACAGGAGAGGGCACAACCUGCCUUGGAAGCUGAAGCAAAGAGCAAAGCAAGAACCGAUUAGGAAGAAGGUGUACGUUUGCCCCGAGCCAACGUGCGUGCACCAUGACCCGUCAAGAGCACUGGGUGAUCUCACCGGCAUCAAGAAACACUUCUUCCGAAAGCACGGCGAGAAGAAGUGGAAGUGCGACAAGUGUUCGAAGCGCUAUGCGGUUCGGUCAGAUUGGAAGGCUCACUCCAAGGUGUGUGGUACGAAAGAGUACAGAUGUGACUGUGGAACCCUCUUCUCUAGGAGGGACAGCUUCAUCACUCAUAGAGCCUUCUGUGAUGCCUUAGCAGAAGAGGGCGCAAAAGCCACUCCUUCAAACCCGCCCAACUUCUUGAUCUCCUCCUCACAACCUCCCACCACUUCACUCAUUACUUCCCACAUCAAUCUCCAAAACGUCAGCUCUCUCUCCAUCAAAAGAGAGCAAGAACAGCAGCAGCAUCAACAGGUUCACAUUUUCAACCCCAGACAAGAAAUCAUUGGUCCCUUGUGGACACCACCACCUUAUAGCUCACAUGGAACCUUGUCAUCCCCAUCUUCUUUGUUCGACCCAUCACCGCAGGUUCUAGAAAACCCUAACUCUGAUAAUCCUUCCUCCGGCAUUCGCAUCUCUCUUCCUCACGCACAGAACACCGUGAGUACUUUUUGUUCAUCUUCUUCCUCACCUCACAUGUCGGCAACCGCGCUGUUGCAAAAAGCGGCACAAAUGGGGGUGGCCAUGAGCAACCAGCCCGGCUCAUCACUUGGAAUCGACUGUCGUACCCCACAAACACACAGUCGCAUGCAUGAUAAUAAUCUGGUGAACUUGGGUUCACGUGACCAUCUUCGUCAUCGUCCUCAAGAUCAUCAGAUGGGGACAAGUCGGUUUGUUGAUCAGGGCUUGUCGUCCUUUGGGAAUAAAGCUGUCGUCACUCCUGCAGGCGUUUCAGGAGGAGCUGAUGAACCAGGUCCUCUCGCUCUUCUUCAACAAGACAUGAAUGCGAUGAUGAUGAUGCAUCCGCUGUCAUCUUUGGACGGGGCUGAUGAUGAUCUGAGUGAGAUGAUCUUGAAUAACGAUUACAACAAUGAUAUUUCAGAAAGACCCUCAUCGGAUCUCGGGGGUGAUGUUUACAAGGAAGCGGCGACCUUGGAAUCAGCAAAAAGGUUCCGUCUCGAGGGCAAUAAAGAUCACAUGGCGACCAGAGACUUCUUGGGUCUGAGGGCAUUCUCGCCUAAGGAUUUCCUCAAGCACAAAGUUGCUGGGUUUGACCCAAUGGAUUAGCGUGGCAGCACAGAGAAUGAUGGGCUGCUUCAGAGUAAAAGCAAGAACCGAGCACUUUGACACCGCUAAAGCUUUUCUUUCCAUGUUCAGUCAACUUCAACCUGCGCAGCUUUCGGCCUGCUUAGCGAGAGAGAGAGAGAGAGAGGAAGAGGACGCAUUGAUGGGAACUUUACAAGGAUGUCAAGGAGAGCAAACCCUUCACUGCUCUCUCGUGGAGUUCUUCGGCAUGAUUUGGAUCUUCAGUUUGACUCAUGAACGUGUCUCCUAAGCCAUGCCCAUCUAAAUGAUUCGAAAAGAGGGAAUCCAGAGAAAGAAGAACUUCGAGCUAUGCUUUUUCAAUUACAUUCGUCUCAUUGAAUAAACGGAUAGAGAGAAUCAAAGUACGGAAAAUAUGUAAGAUCUUGUACUUUUGUUUUUGUUUUUGUUGUGGGACUCAACUUAAGUUUCCUUGUUUCGUAAUAUUUACUGAUUGUUUUGGAAGUA